AUGUCUAAACUGGAUAGUGAAGAUGCAAGAAUCGCCAACUAUUUCGAUGUGAUUGCAGGAACAAGCACUGCUGGUCCUGCUUACUCACUGCCCCAAAAUCUUCCCCAAGAAAACAGUAAUAUUAUCAAAGCUCUUGAGCCGGACCAGAAUACAAUGGAACGUGCCUACAUGAUGACUUGGUUGGGCAGAAACUUGGUGAUAAAAAACUACACCAGACCAGACAGUAACUAA